AUGGUCACCAAAGCAGUUGUAGCAGAAGUAGCUAAAAUUCAAGAAAAAGAAAAACAGAAGGACAAAGAACAGAGUUUAUCACCAUCAACAAGUAGUAGUAGAAGUAGAUAUGAAAGCAUUAACGAUGAAAGCAGUAUCAGUAGUGGUAGUAAAAAGAGUAGCAAUAAUAAUGAUAGAAAACUAGAUGAAAUUAAGGUUUUAAUUGAUGGUGAAAAACUAUCUGAACAACGUCCUAACCCAAAUAGCAUAUGGAAAUCACAAAAGCAAGAUAUAUAUAAAAAACUUAUUCUGUCUAUUACGAAAGAACUGCUUUUUUACAAACACUAUGCAAGUAAGAUUGAAAAAAUUCUUAAGCAAUAUCAUAAGUCACAGAAGUAG